AUGGAUGCGCCUCGACCGAAUGGCAGCGGCGGCCGCGAGGUGGGCCGCGCUGAGAGGUUUGAGGAAGAGAAGCGGCGCAUUGUCGAAAGCUGCUUCAAUAAGAAGGACACGGAUGGCUCCUUGCUUGAAACCUACAUCACCCAUAUCCGGAUCACGGAGUACAGCUCCCAUCCUUCCUCGCCACCUCCCCCCGAGGCAAUCACACCCCAGUCCGAGAAACCGCGCGUUAUCAUUGUCGCCGUCCGCAAGUCCGGUCGUGUCCGAAUGCACAAGUCCAAAGAAAACGCGAAUGGGACUUUUUCAAUCGGAAAGACAUGGGACCUGAAUGACUUGACCGGUAUCGAGUCUUUCACUUCGACCUCUGUUGACCCGAGAAAGCGACAAUGGGCAGGAGACACUGGAUUCACAGUUGUUAUUGGAAAGCCCUAUUUCUGGCAGUGCUCCGCCGAUAAGGAAAAGAAGUUCUUCAUCGCCAGUCUGAUCAAGAUUUACAGCAAAUAUACUGGGGGCAAACUACCUGAGCUCCAUGGCUUUGAUCCCCGUGAACAGGACCAGGUACUCGGAUCACGGCGUCCACCAACCCGCAAUGAGACAGCACCGCCCUCAUCACUAAGACCAGGCAUCUCGCCGGCACAGAGUGAGCUAUCUGUUACCAAGACACCUAUACAAGCGUACCAACCACCACCGAGACGACCAGUUUCUCCGAAUCGCAAUCUCAUUCUCCCGAAUGGCAUGUCGGCAUCGCCUGCCUCUAGUUCAGGAUCGCGAGACCCAAGCCUACCACCACCGCCAUCACUCCGCCGGCUGGCCGGAAACAACCCCAGUCAGGACUCGUUGGCCUCCCGAAAAAGCGAAGAUGCCUCGAGUAUUCCGCCAAGAUCAAGAGGCGGUAUGAAUGGCCCAGGUGCCUUUGCAAGAUUUGGAGAUCGUGAUCGUGAUCUGGCAGCAACGCCUCCCAUCCAGCCUCAGCAACAGGCACCGCCCCCACUACAGCCACCGCCGCCAGGGCCUGCUCCCCAAUUCGACCUGCCUGAUAGACGCCGACCACCAAUGGAUCCUUCCAGACCACAGAAUGCAUCUGUAGAUAAUGAUUUAGUCCCGGCACCCCUGAUGAGUCCCGGCUUCAGAAAGGACCCGCAGUCGCAGACACAACCUCCAGUGACACAGGAGCAGUCCCAACCGCAACCCCCGCCGCCGCCUCGAAAUGCAGAGAGAAUGUCUCCACGCAAGCCUGCAGCGCCGACUAGGACGGACAACUCUUCCAUUGCCACUGCUCUGAAUGAGUCAGAGACGCCCUUGGGCGCUGCUUCGCCUGUGAUGGCAACACCCUCGCCUGGAACUCCGCCAUUUGUUAGUGCAGCUCCAUCUCCAGCGCCAAUAGAAAAGCCAAAGACCCCCCCGCCUCCGCCUCCGGAGCCCGAGGAGAGUCGUCCUGGCCUGGGACCCAUGAUCAAGUCCAAGAAAUCCAAGGGUGAACUAGCAGGUACCCUGUGGAAGGCCGCCUCGGCCGUCUCGGCUUUUAAACCACGACCAGGCGGUGCUGGUGAAAGGCUACGGGAACUAAAGCGUGCUGAUAGUGAUGGGCCGGAUGGAAUCACCGAAGUUGUGCCAGCUCCCCCAAGGGCCACGCCGAAGCCUGAACCCCCCAAGGCUGUGGAACCGCCCAAGUCUCCGAAGAGAAAUUCCAACAAUGUACCCGAGGUGAAGAUUACGGUCCCCAACUCAAGUCGACCUAAUAGUCUGCAGCCGACUGUGCCAGAGCAGAAGAAAGUCGCAGAGGUUGUUAAGAAACCAACCGAGGAGCCUGUUAUUACUGGAAACGACGCAAAGUAUUUGACCACUCUUGGAAUCGACACAAGCAUACUUGCUGGUCAGACCGACGAAUUCAUCAAGUUGCUUGAUCAUUUCGGAUGGGUACCUGGCGAGCAAAUGCGUGGUCGCAACUUCGAGGAGAUGAAGAUGGACGUCGACCGCCAGCUCAACAAGGCGCAGGCGGGUGAUUGGGUGGUCAGGUUCGAGGAAGAAGACGAAAGAAUUGAUGCUAUCAAACGAGGUCUCGACGUUGCGAUUGCAGAGUGCGAUGAGCUCGACAACCUGCUGACACUUUAUAGCGUCGAGUUGGGGACCCUGUCUGAAGACAUAGCAUAUAUUGAAGCUCAAGGCCAAGGUCUCCAAGUGCAAGCUGCGAACCAAAAGCUGCUCAGGAAAGAGUUGGAAUCUCUUCUCGACACGUGUGCAAUACAGCGUGAGGAUCUCCGACCUCUCGAGGUCACCCCCCUGGACUCCAUGGCUGGCUUGGAAGAUGUCGAGUCUACGCUGGUGACAUUGUACAAAGCUAUGAUGAAGAUUGAUCCUACCAUGGACGGUGCAGAAUCCAGAGGAGACGAUCUUAGUCUUGGAGACCAGCAGAGCGGCUUCAAUGCCGAUUAUGGCAAGAUGCGCAUCGUACAGGAAAAGAAAGAGAUGUACCUCACUAGCAGCUCCCAAUUCCUAAUACGAUACCGAGAGUUCAUGGAGCGGCAGUUUGACUUGGCUGCGCGCGAGGUCAAGAAGAGCCUGGAUGGGGCGCUGUCCAAAAAGGUCGACCCAAAGCACCACGAUGUUGGUCGUGAUCUUUUGUGGCGCUACAACCCGCUUAUGGUGUACGCGCGUGACCUGGAUCUGACUGGGUGGAACACGUUUCUCCAGAUUUAUCAGGACAAGAACUUUCCAAUUUACAAGUCGGAAUUCAAGGAAGUACUGACCGCGUGGAAGCGCAAUGCUAGCAAGCCAACCGGCGAGGAAGCUGAACUCCUCUUUACGGCACAAGCAGAGAAGCAGCAGGAGAGCACAAUGGCCACUGCAAGGAAACUCACUGUGAAACGAAGCCAGACACUUGCCAGGUCUCUACGGUCGCCCCUAGGAGACGGCAGCAAGGGUGCCGUCGAGAAGGCCGAGCGCGUCCUGCCAUAUGAGAUAUUCGCAGGCAUUGCCGACGAUCUACUGCCACUUGUGGAAAUGGAGCAAAACUUUAUCAUUGACUUUUUCCAUGCCACGACACUGGAAACUUUGGACUUCCCUGACGCAGUCGCCUCGGCAAAACCUCGUGAUCGACGUUACGGCGAUUUGAGGAGACACAGACUCAUGGAACCUGAUAGGGAUCUCGCCAAAAGAGUGACGCGUGCGAUGGAGGUGAUAUUCGGUUUCAUAGAAACUGAAUUGCAGCAAACCGUUGACUGGGUGCUAUCACAAGAUCCACUUCAAGGAGUUGGAGUACUGGCCGUGCUCGAGCGCAAGCACUCGGACAUGACCCAGUCCAAUCAAGAUUUCCUCAACAAUGUAUUGCAAAAACUGCACAACAACCUGGAAUCACGGUUCACGAGAUUUGUGGAUGAGCAAAUCCGCGCCAUCGAAGAGACCAAGGUCAAAAUCAAGAAGCGCAAAGGCGUUAUAUCAUUUAUUCGAAUCUUCCCACAAUUCUCUGUUGCAGUCGAGAAUAUGAUGGCGGUGGCCGAAACAACCAGCUCGGCGCGCAAAUCCAUUGACCGCGAGUAUAAUCGUAUCAUCAAAACCAUGUUCGAAUCUCUCAAGGUGAUUGCUCGAGAAAACCCGGCGACCCUGACCAAUGCUGGUGCGGAUCCCGAAGAUAAGGAAGCAUUGAACUACCACAUCUUGCUCAUCGAAAACAUGAAUCAUUUCCUAGAGGAGCUCGACACACGUGGGCUGGAGGUUCUCGAAGACUGGAAAGAGGAGGCCGAUAAGGAGAUGAACGAGCACAUGAAUCUCUACCUAAACGCGGUCAUGCGCCGGCCUCUGGGCAAACUCUUGGAGUAUGUCGAGAAUAUUGAGGGCCAGCUGACCUCGGGCAAGUCACCCACGACCAUUGCAUCGCAGCCAUCGAAUUCCAAGGCAACCUUCAACAAAAUCCUGUCAAAUUACGACGGCCGCGAGGUCAAGAAGGGAGUGGAAGCUCUGAGGAAGAGAGUCGACAAGCACUUUGGCGACUCGGACGAGAACCCGAGCGUGACAAGCAGCAGAGCACUAGUGAACAAGGUACUCAAGGAGUGCGAACAAUUUUACGGCGACGUCGAGGUCAGAAUCUCCACCAUUACAUCUACAGUGUACGGUGGUGAUGUUUUGUUCGAGUGGCCACGAAGCGAGGUCAAAAGCGCUUUCUCUAGUGGCAGAUAG